CUUCUCACCUCCCGACACUUUCCAUACACGACCGUCUGAACGUUUCUUGAUACCCCUCCACUGUCCUUGCUCCUUCUCCUCCUCUGAACUCCUUUUCCUCGCAAAUACCGCCAAGAUGCUUGAAGCCCGUCUGGAGCAGGCCAACCUUCUCAAGAAGGUUGUCGAUGCCAUCAAGGACCUCGUCCAGGACUGCAACUUCGACUGCAAUGACUCUGGCAUUGCACUGCAGGCCAUGGACAACUCUCACGUCGCGCUCGUGUCCAUGAUGCUGAAGUCUGAGAGCUUCUCCCCCUUCCGUUGCGACAGGAAUAUCGCCCUUGGCAUCAACCUCACCUCUCUCACCAAGGUUCUUCGUUGCGCACAACCCGAGGACAUCUUGACCCUGAAGGCCGAGGACGCGCCCGAUGUUGUCAACUUUGUGUUCGAAAGCGCGCAAAGCGACCGCCUGAGCGAGUAUGACAUCAAGCUCAUGGACAUUGACCAAGAGCACCUGGGCAUCCCCGACACCGAAUAUGCUGCCGUCAUCAGCAUGCCCUCGGUGGAGUUCCAGAGGAUCACAAGGGACCUGAUGGCCCUGUCGGAGUCAGUGUCUAUUGAGUGCACGAAGGAGGGUGUCAAGUUCUCGUGUCAGGGCGACAUUGGCUCCGGUUCGGUCACGCUUCGCAGCCACACCGACGUCGACAAGCCGGAGAACAAUGUCGACAUUGACCUGACGGAGCCCGUCUCUCUGACUUUCUCGCUCAAGUACCUGGCCAACUUCUGCAAAGCGACCGGUCUGUCGGGACAGGUCAAGCUGUGCCUGUCCAACGAGGUCCCUCUGUUGGUCGAGUACGCGCUUUCCAACAACAGCUACUUGAGGUUCUACCUGGCGCCCAAGAUCGGCGACGAGGAGUAAGAGCAAGUGUCGGAGGGUGACAAAAUUACGAAUAGAAGGUCAUGAUAUCAGCGGGUGUAGGAAUAAACAAGGAGCAAGGACUGUAGCGCAAAACUAGGAUAGUGGGGUCCUACAUGUCUAUGUUGUCGGCGGGAGUCUCUUUUUUUGUUUGGUUCGGCAAGAUUCCAGAAGAUCCGCGGGG